UAUGGGUGCUCACUGGAAUAAUGCUCUGCUUUAUCCAGCAAUAAAACCAGCUAUUGAAGAGAGAGUCCCGCAUUCCAGAUGAUCUUUGUCGCUCAGAAUGUCACCGAGUUGCUCGACUGUCAGACUGUUCAUUGCUGCCGCUGGACUGGAUUGAAAGGAAAUAAUCUGCAGUGCAAAUGUGGGGGCAGAUCAAGCAAACACAGACAGUGUGCUGUGUGGUAAAAGAGCGUUGAGCUGUCACGUUACCUCAACUGUCUAACUGUUGUCUGCUAUUGGUGACCAAGUAAGCAGGGUGUAGUCCCGCACUGACACUGUUUAUGUACAUUUCUGCUGCUUUAUUUGGACAGACUCCCACUGAAGAAGCAGGUGUGUGAUUUAUCUGGGCUCCACACAGGCUGCAGCCUCUCUGGUGUUACAUGCUGCUUUCAGCGAGGCUGCUGCAUUUGGGACAUCUGCUGGACGUGGAGACCGUUAAACCUGGUCAAUCGCUGCUCAGCUGGUCUUCAGGGGUAAACUGAAUUCUCUGGAGUAGAACAGCUGGUCCUCUUAUCACCAUGAAUACAGACAGCGGUGGCUAUGCUCGCAAACGUGCUGCUACAUCCGUUAAAUUAGCCUCCGUGAAGAGAGUGCAAAGCUCACCCAACUUGUUGCUGGUUGCAGGUCCUGAAGCACAGACACCAGACUCAGAUGUUUGGACAUCAUUUAACAUUAAUGACAGCUUCAAAGGCACACUAAAUGGAGAAACACACAGCUCGUCACUGGCAGCCAAAGGAUUCCGGAGUGUCAGACCGAAUCUUUCAUUUCCAGAAAGAAAAACCCCUCCACAGCAGGUUCCUUCACCACCACCGAGAAAGGAAAGCUUUCAUUGGGGUCCACUAAUAGAUCCUGACAGCCACCAUGUAACACUUAGCUCAACCCAAGGCCUUAUACAUGGCAGUUGGCCAUCAGUCCCAGAAUCCAGCUUGCCAAUAGCUUCCAGUAUUACCCGCUUGACUAAUAAGGAAGAGUACUCACACAAUUCAUUGCAAUUGUUUCAACACUCUAGCGCAACUUCCUCUCCCGUACAGCAGCCAGCAGUUGCCCAGAACUUAACUCACAAAGUAGACGAUAGUAGCACUGCUGACUCUUCCCUUCAGAAAAGUCAGGGCAGCUUCCAAGAGCGUAAAAUCACCGCCAUCAAGCUAACCUUGCCCGAGGAUCAGCUCAUUGCUAAUACCCACAAUGUGAGACAGCCUGACAGCUCUGUGAAACCCUCACUUCAUUCACUUCCACUCGGCGAUAGGACAGAGCCUGAGAGACACACAGCCUCUCUUUCCAUUCAGAUAGCUCCAGCAAGUCUGCAUACAACAGAGCCUGGGCUCGACACACAAGGAUUCCCAACCAUAUCUGCAUCAAACAGUGGAAGGAAUCUUCACAAGGACACGUUUGAAGUGCAGUCUUGUACACGCUCCUCAGGGCAUCAUCUGCCUGAAAGUCAGUCAGAAGAGAAAAUGGCAUCCAAGAUUAAUACAUCACAAGGAUGCCGGCAAAUCUCACCAGACGUUGCUUCACCUUUUCCUCUGCUACCUACUAACAGGACUCUUCUCUCGCCUUGCUAUGGUGUGGAGCAAGAGCCAGCUACCUUGCCAACCUUCGAUGACUUCAUCCCUUCCCACCUCCUGAAAGCCCGUUACCCUACCCUGUCAUCUUACAAUCUUCUUUCCCUGAGCUCGAAUCUUUUCACAAACCCGAAUGAAGCAUCUUCGUUUGUUACUGACUCCACUCUGAGUGAAUAUUCGUCUUGCAACCUGAGUGAGUCCUCCACGGCCAUUCUAGAUGAGCUGCAAACCUGUGGCUACGAAACCACGGAUCAUUCUGACACUCCAUCCCCAACCCUGAGUCGGAUGUCUGCAAUAACUGAUGAUACAACUACCACCACUACUGCUCCCGCUCAUAUGGUGGUGAAUGGAAAUUCUCGCACUGAUAGCAGCAGUCCAAUGAGUUAUUUGCAAAGGCCCUUCUCACCAUCAUCAGCUUAUUCUUCAUCACCUUCAGUAAAUCCAAACAUUGUUACAAUGCAACACAGCAGAACCAUGGAGAACCUAAGUACAUCACAGCAGAGCAAAUCACCUGGUGCAGACAUAAUGAGCAUUGACCCGGUUUACAGGACAUCAGAGGAGGAGAAGAAAGUCACGGUAAUUAAAGCGCCGCAUUAUGCAGGAAUUGGCCCUGUUGAUGAAUCUGGAAUACCUAUAGCCAUAAGGACGACAGUGGAUCGACCCAAAGACUGGUAUAAGACGAUGUUCAAGCAAAUACAUAUGGUCCAUAAGCCAGAUGAUGAUACAGAUGCAUUCAAUGCUACAUAUGCAUAUGUUUAUCCUGAUAAUUACAGCUCAUUCACCUCUGUUCAGGCGCACCCACCUCCCAAGACACAUACUUAUCGGCCUUUAUCAAAAAGUACCUCAGACAAUGGUGUUGAAUUCUACAAGGAAUCUGCUCCAUUACCACCACCUCCACCUGUUCCACCACUUUCACAACCAAGACUGAGAGAAACAGAUUCCACCGAAAAGAAUGACUGGGAUCCUCCUGACAGAAAAGUUGAUACUCGGAGAUAUCGGGCUGAACCUAGAAGCAUAUUUGAAUAUGAACCAGGAAAGUCAUCAAUCCUAGAGCAUGAGCGACCGGGUGGGCGAAUAACCCCAGAUGAAAUAGAUUUAGAAAACGAACCCUGGUAUAAAUUCUUUUCAGAACUGGAAUUUGGACACCCGCCUCCCAAAAAGCUUUUGGAUUAUCUGCCAGAAAAUUCUGCCCGGAAACCUGUGGAAACCUCUUUUUAUAAUCCUUCGAUAGACAGACCGUUGGAGAGACCUUCUAGUCCUACAAGUGACUACAGAAAGAGGCGGAAGUCUGAACCGUCAGUGAACCAUCAGAGAGCGCAGAGUGACCACACAAUGCAGAAGAGCAGUGCUGACCUCCAUGGAAUAUCCAGGAGGUCAUUAACCAAUUCUUCACCAUCUUCACCAUCCAGAGUUAAAGAUCAGGAUUCUCAUAGGAUUGUCUCAGAAAUGGGCCGAGCAACAUUAAAAGACCGUAGAGGACUGACAGAUGAACCUCGUAGGAAACCAGAAGAUAAAGAGAGACAGCCUGCUAAAGCAAUUUAUGAUUUUAAGGCUCAAACAGCUAAGGAAUUGCCAUUCAAGAAAGGGAGCAUUGUCUAUAUUAUUAGACAAAUAGAUCAAAAUUGGUUUGAAGGCGAACACCAUGGAGCAGUUGGCAUAUUCCCCAUUUCGUAUGUUCAGAAGUUGCCCCCAACUGAAAAGACACAGCCAGUGAGACCACCUCCCCCAGCUGAGGCCCGAGAUUUUGGGGAAGCUAUUGCGAAAUAUAAUUUUAACGCAGAUACCAAUGUGGAGCUCUCACUAAAAAAGGGUGAGAGGGUCAUUCUUGUCAGGCGGGUCGAUCAAAACUGGUAUGAAGGAAGGAUUCCUGGGACAAAUCGACAGGGUAUCUUCCCAAUUACAUACGUGGACGUUCUCAAGAAACUUCAGCCGAAGAACACCGCAGAGUACCCCAGGCAUUCUCUGCCCCUGAGCUUUUCCAGUGAUAGAAUUCACUGUUUGGGAUCUACAAAGAAUCAACAACCUUCCCUUGUUCAUGAACGCUCACAGAUUGGAGAGCCAUACCAAGCUAUGUACAACUACAACCCGAGAAAUGAAGAUGAGCUGGAACUGAAGGAGGGAGAUAUUGUUGAUGUCAUGGAGAAGUGUGAUGAUGGCUGGUUUGUUGGAACAUCUCGACGAUCCAAGUUCUUUGGUACCUUUCCAGGAAACUAUGUGAAGCGACUAUAAACAUUUAUACAUAUUUGUACACAUUUUGAGUUUAGCACAAUAACCUUCUGCAGCUCUCAUUAAAGGAAGUUUCAGUCUGUAGACACUCAAAGACACCUUUGUGAUAGUUGUGUGAUUGACUACAGCUAACUUCAGAAGCAUCAUUUAACCACAUCUUCAGUCAAGGAAUAAGGAUAUUUUGAAACAUGUCAUCUGGAGGUUGUUCUACGUUCCUUUCAGGAUAUUUCAAGAACAAUUGGUUUUUAUUAUUAAGGUGCACUUACUUGAUAAAUCCUUUAUUCCCCUAUAUAAGCAAACGUAGUGAAUGCUUAUUUAUUCUUCCUGGUACAGGAGCUUACAGUGAUCUGUCACUAACAUUUAUUAUUGAUGAUUUUGUCACAGAGUAGAGAAAACACAUAACACAAUUAACAAGUAUUACACUCGUAACUCAUACAGCUAUGAUAAUUGCCACUUCUCUAAAUAAGAGCUGAAGUCCUGUAGUCUGUUCUAUUUUUCCUCCAGUUAAUUUGCCCGGUUUGUUUUGCUGUUGAAUGAUGAGGUGCAGAAGCAAUAAUGUCACAUUUUGUACAGGUUGUUUGAAAAUUGUUUGAAGGUAUGUUUCUCACUUCCACACAAAUCUUUUAGUAGUGAUGGCUUAGAAUGUAUAGUAAAAAUAGGGUUUCAUGAUAGAAUAUUGAGUUGAUCAGGCGUGAGACCAUUUUUUUCGGGUAAGCUAUAUUCAGAUUUCCAAAUCCAAAUUGUCAUAUUUAAUAGUUUGUGACUGCUUGGACUCAGCACCUACUAAGGAAUGCAGAUGUCCAAGUGUCAUAUAAGAUUUCAGUUUGAAGCUGGAUUCAGGUUACAAUUACAGCAGCAUGAAGCAAUUUAUUUUGACACUGUGUGCUCCAGUCCGGCUGACGAAGUUUUUAAAAAGAGUGAUGGUGCACAUUUUAAAAUCCACUUGUCUGAUAUUAGUUGUGUUAUUUAACGUAACUCCAUUAUUAACAUGGAAAUGACUCUGCCAUGCUUUCAUGUACUUUUAAAGCUCCAAAAGAAUUCCCUAUUGACAGUUUGUUUAUAUGGUUGAAAAACUGAGUAGCUUCUUUCUGAUAACAUACAAUUUCCACUCUAGACAUUUCAGACACAUUUUUAGAAAUUACUCAAUAUUUGACCGAAAUGAAAGGUUCUUUUUAUUUAAGAAUCUGAGUAACAUGCUCCCUGAAAUCAAACGAUAAACUAAACUGCCAUGGUUGGGUAUCAAAACACACAAGCAGAAGGGGAACGAAUCGUUUGCGCUGCAGCACCUUAGUUCAAAAUAAGCAUGUGUGAUUGUCUUUCUAAUUUCUUUCAUAAAUGCUUGAGUUUACCGUAGUAUAUGUUGUCCACACAGUUUGUGUAUAUAUAUAUAUGUCUGCUUUAUUUUGUACAGAUGUUUUAGUUGUUGCAUUUUUUAAAAAAAAGUCACUACUUUUCAGAAACUUUUAUAAGUCUCUGUCAUUUCCCUUACCCCUUUUUACUAACCGCCUCUCCCAUUGCCCUGGUUGCAAGCACAUUUAGAUGGUGCAAGUGUGUACAAUAGUAUUUUAUUGCAGAAUUUUGCAAAUUGUAUUUCAACAAAUAUAGUGUUACCAGCAAAAAAAAACUAACUGUACAUAUAUCUUUAUAGUUAUUAACAGGAAAUGAGAAUAAGGGGUCUGAAUAGAUUCACUGAUACUCUUUUACAGUAUAUCUUUAUUACACCAAAACUCCAGCCUAAGAGCUGUAUAAUCUUGAAGCUUCAAAUUUUGAAUCUGUUGAACUGCAUGCAGGACAGCUGUGAAAUCAACACCUUUACUGUUGUUUUAUGAUGAAAAUGACCAUAUUUGUUGCCUGUAAAAUGAGAACUCUUUAUAUUCUCUGUAACUGAUUUUAAAAGAUUUCUUUUCGUAAUUGAACAUCAAAUGAUUCAUUUUGAUGCAGUACGAUUCUUAUGGAGAAAAUAACUCGACUUUUUCUGUGUUUUUUGUGAAUUUCAAU